AUGAAGAGGCCCAAACAGCAAACAGGGCCCUUAAGUUUCCUAAACUUCUUCAGCCGAAAGCCCAAAGCUGAGCCAAGGCCCGAGAAGAAUGUGGAGGUUAGGACCAAAGAAGAAGUGGCCAUAACUCUAACCCCGAGUGAGCAUCCAGAGCAGGUAACACCCAUCACUGGAGAGUCAGGGGUUUCUGAGGCAGAGAGAGGAGAUGGAGGAGCUGCACUGACAGUGACUGAGGCAGGUGAGAGUGCUGUUGCCACAGCGACUGCUGAAGUGGGUGGAGUCAGCACUGGCCCCACGGGCGUGCUGUCCUUCUGCUCGUCCAGUCAGGAGCAGCUGUUGGAUGAGCACCUGGAGGAGUGCCCGCUAUGUCUGCUCAGUCAGCCACGCUGCGACUUCCCGCACCUGUCGUCCUGCUCACACCGGACCUGCACUGACUGCCUGCGCCGAUACCUGCGCAUCGAGAUCUCAGAGAGCCGCGUGGGCAUCGCCUGCCCCCAGUGCCCCGAAAGCCUGGAGCCUCUGGAUAUACAGGCCAUCCUGGAUGACCAGGCCCUAUUGGAGCGCUAUGAGGAGUACCAGCUCCGGAGGUUCCUGGCCUCUGACCCAGACACGCGCUGGUGCCCUGCCCCCGACUGCAGCUAUGCAGUCAUAGCCUAUGGAUGUGCAGAGUGUCCUAAACUGAGCUGUGGGCGGGAGGGCUGUGAGACAGAGUUUUGUUACCACUGUCGGCAGCUGUGGCACCCCUAUCAGACCUGUGACCAGGCUCGACGCCAGCGAGCUCGCCACACCUCAGGGGGCAAUGACGCCUCUGCACUGUAUGUCUUCAAUGAAGAACCUGGAGAGGCAGAGGAGAUUAAAGCCUGCCCACGCUGUGGUGCUUACAUCAUGAAGACCAAUGAUGGCAGCUGUAACCGAAUGAACUGCACUGUGUGUGCCUGUCAGUUCUGUUGGCUCUGUAUGCAGGAGAUCACCGAUGUGCACUACCUCAGUCCCUCAGGAUGUACCUUUUGGGGGAAGAAGCCAUGGUCACAAACCCGCAAGGUGUUGUGGCAGGUGGGCAUGUUGCUUGGAGCACCAGUGGUCAUCUCUCUAAUUGCUGGUAUUGCCAUUCCAGUUAUUAUAGUGGGAAUACCUAUCUAUAUGGGCCGCAAGGUCCAUGGUCGCUGUAAGAAAAACAAUAUCUCAGGAAGUAAGCACUACUUGACUGUGGCCAGUGGGGUGAUGAUGUCCAUGUUUGUGUCGCCUGUUAUAGCAGCUGUUACUGUGGGUGUAGGAGUUCCACUUAUGUUGACUUAUGUGUAUGGAGUUGUUCCUAUGUCUCUCUGUAGGAACGGCUGGUGUCGACCACAGAGUGACCCUCCAGAACCUCACAAUAUUCAAUUGGAAGACCUGGCCAACUAUCUCCUAUUCUCUCAUGUAGUCAGUGACCAUUGGACAGGCCAGAGCAACCCAACGCCUAAUGACACCAGCCUUCAGGAAGUGAGGGUCAGUGUCCAGGAAGUAGGUGUGCUGCCCAGUACAAGCAGCACUCCCCAACAGAUGAAUACAUAUGAGGCUUUAGAUGAAGCCACCAAACGCCAUGGAUACCACCAGCAGGACAGCCAAUCAGACUGCGAGGUGGUUAUUGUGCCUGAUAGUAAGCUUACUGACCAAGAAGAUGUUCCUCUGAGGGAUGGGACCAACAUUGAAGUUCGUGUUGAGAUUGAGACCCAGCCUAGAGGAGCGCGCCAGUCCAGCCUAAGUAGCAUCCUGUCUGUCGAGUCUUCGGGACGGCCCCAGUCACAGUCCCAGGACCACGUGUGUGCCUCAGAAGUGGAAGAAAGCCAAAAGAAAGAAGAGACCAGACCAGAAGGGGCAGCAGAGGGAACAUUUUUACCAGUUUUUGAAAUGGAUACUGUAUGAAAUGCUACAUUUUGACAUUUCAUUGGUUAUAAGAGAUAAACA